AAAACAACACCAAACAGGUGGAGCAGGUGUCUCCACCCACAGACUCACCUGGCCACUUUCUGGCCCCGCCUGCCGAUGACGUCACAGACCGGACUUUCAGGGUUUGGGCAGAAACUGAGCGACUGGCGGAGGAGAAGAUCUUUGACGAUGGCGGAGGCAGAGAUCUUCUCAGAGCAGGAGCUCACCUGCUCCAUCUGUCUGGACCUGUUCACUGAUCCCGUUUCUACCCCCUGUGGACACAACUUCUGCCAGGCGUGCAUCGGGGGGUACUGGGCGUCCAGCUCGGUCUGCACCUGUCCUCUCUGCAAGCGGCAGUUUGACGAGCGUCCCCAGCUCAGCAUCAACAAGGUGUUCGCUCUGAUCGCGGACAAAUACAAACAGACUCGUUACGGCGCCACGGGAUUCUCGCCGCCCGUCCAGAACGGCUCGCUGGACGCCAUGGACGACGGCAGGAGCACCAACCCGUUCCUGUCGCCGCCGCCCCCCGCCGUGGCUCCGGAGGACGUGGUGUGGUGCGACGUCUGCUCAGGUGUCAAACAACCUGCCGUCAGCUCCUGCCUCACCUGCACCGCCUCCUACUGCAGCGAGCACCUGCAGCCUCACUACAACACCCCCUUCUACGCCAAGCACCCGCUCAUGGACCCCCAGGAGGCCCUCAGGGGCCGCACCUGCUCCAUGCACCGCCGCCUGAUGGAGGUCUUCUGCAGGACGUGUCAGCACUGCAUCUGCGCCAUCUGCUUCCUGGAGGAGCACCGCACCCACAAAACCGUCUCGGUCCAGACCGAGAGGCUGGCCAAGCAGAAACAGGUGGCGAAGACCGAGCAGGAGAUCCUGAACCGCAUCAAGGAGAAGGAGAUCCGUCUGGGCGACCUGAGGAGGAAGCUGGAGGGCGUUCAGAACUACGCGGACAGAGAACGAGGCGACGUCGAGCACCUUCUGGACGAGGUGACCGGCUCACUGGACCGGAUCCGGACUCAGGUGGUGGGCGGGAUCCAGACCCAGCUGGAGGCGGUGAUGUCGAAGGGGGAGGGGCUACUGGGCCGUCUGGAGGCGGAGCUUAAACAGCUGACGGACAGGAGGGCCACGCUGGAGGGCCAGGCCAUCAGCCAGGACCACAUCAGCUUCCUGCAGAGCUUUGACGAGGCCACGGCUCUUCAGGAGGACGACCAGGACGAGGACGAGUACGAACAGGGCGACUUUUCCCUUCACUUCCAGCUGGACGACGUGAAGAGCAGUCUGUCCGACGUCAAGAUCAAGAUAGACGAAAUCUGGAUGGGGGAGGUCCGUCCCAGAGCUCCCAGAGGUUCUCGAGGUUCCACCACCUCCAAAGACUCCUUUUCGCCGGGCGACCUGGUGGCAGCGGAGAGCAUGAUGAGUCUGAGAGGAAGCAAAGGGUCUCUGAGGAUGAGCCAGUGGUCUCUGAAAGACAUGAAGAAGACCAAACAUGUUUCAGGACUGAAGAAAGCCCGGCUCUACAUGGAGGACGUGACGCUGAACCCAGUGACGGCGUACCCUUUCCUCAUCCUGUCAGAAGACCGCAAGCAGGUGAAGAGAGGCGAGAAGCUGCAGUUCUUCAGGAACAGCAAUCAGAGGUUCGACGUCUGGUCUUGUGUCCUCGCCAAGGAAGGCUUCAACUCGGGACGACACUACUGGGAGGUUUCAGUUGGCGAGAGCAAGGACUGGAAGCUGGGCGUGGUCAGCGAGUCGGCCCAGAGGAAAGGCCUGUUUGACAUGAGUCCCACCAGCGGAUACUACGGCAUCUGGUGGAGCGGCAGCCAGCUGAGGGCGCUGACGCCCCCCCCUCUGACCAAGGUGAAAGGACACCAUCCCAAGCUGCGGCAGGUGGGCGUCUUCCUGGACGUGGACGAGGGUCAGGUCUCCUUCUACAACGUGAAGUCGGGCACUGAGAUCUACAGCUACCACACCAACGCAGAGUUCACAGAGAGGAUGUUUCCUCUGCUCGGCACCGGAGACAAGGAGGUGCCUCUGAUCCUCGCCACCACCCAGCAGCACAACCUGGCCUGAGGGGAACCGGACCAGAACCGGGCCCCGGACUGGAAUGAGGCCCGGAUCCAGAGCUUUGGGAAGAGGAGAGGAGGCAGCGUGGACCUCCUGAACAUGGAGACGUUCUGUGAGGAAGACCAGCGAUGAAACGCAGGGGAACCGCUGCCUCCUUCAGGAAGAUGUAGAUAUUUCAUGGAUCGGAUUGCUUUAACAAAACAUGUUCAGAAAAAAAAAAAAGAUAUAAAUCUAAACACUGACAUAAAUCAAACCUGUGAGCGGUACGAAACAGCAGAACCACGAGCCGGAACGGAUCCAUUUUACUUCACACAUCAGAAACUCACUGAGAACCGAUGUUUUGUUUAAAGACUAAAGCGGUGAUUUAUACGUUAAAAUUAAAGUUUAUGUAGUUAUCACGUAGAGGCACGGCGUUGUUGGUUAUGGAAGCCC